AUGCAGGUGAAGGUGGUUACUGUUGAAACCCCUCUCCCCUCUGUAGUGGCCUCCAUAGAAGAAGUCCCUGAUGAAGAUGAUGUCAUCCAACACCUAGUCUGCUAUACUUGCAGAACAAGUGUGUUCGACCCUAAAGAGGAAGCUAGUGCAGCAAAGGUCAAGAAAUGA